UUGCACAGGAGCAGCAAGCCGACGCCAGCAGUCGCUCACCCAGGUUAGUUGUCGAAGCCAGUUGCCGUGGGUGGAGCCCUUCCAUCUGCCCCCUUCCCUAGCCGGUGGUACUGACGGCAAAACACGACAGCCGUGGCCGGCCAGCGCUGUCGCCCCUUGCGACCCAGACCGUCUGGAGUCUGGUUCGGAAUCCCGGGGAAAAACCACCGGAGAAAUACGGCGGAAGGUAACAGCUGCCUCCCACACACCCUCACCACCCGUGUCGACUGGGGUCCGGGGACUACGUUGUCCCUCCUCUCUUCCUCUUUCUCUCCCUUCUGCACCCUUUCGUCCUUGAUUUGCAUCCCUACCUGUCUCUCCUACCCAAGAGACGGGCCUCCCGUCGCUCGCGCCCGUCCUUGUCGUCACAAUGCGCUCCAGCAUCGCCUGCGCUCGCUGCCGUCGAAGCAAGAUAAAAUGUGUCAACGCCGGUAUCGAUACCACCUGUCGCGCCUGUGAAUCGUCGGGUCGAGAAUGUGUCUAUCCCGCCCCGGCCAUUGGAGUUGGUGGAGGCGCCGCCAAGCGAGACCUGGCUGCUCUGGCCGAGGGGGAGGAACGUAAUAAUGACUGGGACAGCCCCAAGCGACAGCGGUCACGGAAGACGGUCGGCCUCUCAUCGGCCUCGCGAGACGGCGCCAGAGCCGCUCUCGACGUGCUCGAUUCGUCCAUCCUGACUACCAAGGUCUGGGACGCAGUCUUCGACCUGUUCCAAUCCCACUUCGCGACCAUCUUACCUUUCCUGCAUCCCGCUUCCUUCAUCGGCCAGACUCGCCAGCUCUCGGCUCACUCCCAGCCGUCCAUCAAUGCAGAGCCCUCGCGGGAUCCGGCGCAAAGUCCGCCUGCCGCUAAGCCGGAUCCAAAUCCGCUGAUUCCCCUCGGGGUCCUCGCCCUCACGGCUCGUUUCCAUCCGCAACUGGUCGCUUAUCACUCUCCCCCCUCCCCGGGCAACCCCUCGAAUCCCCUCGUCGCUUCGGAGUACUAUGCGACAGCGUUGCGUAGCCGGCUGGCCGGCGUCGACGGCGCCAGCCUGGCAGUCACCGACCUUACCCGGGUACAAGCAUUGUUGAUGUUGGCGUUGCAUGAAUGGGGCAUGUGCCGUGGCAGGAGCGCGUGGCUAUACGUCGGCAUGGCCAUUCGACUGUCCCAGGCCAUGGGGCUCCCCUUCGAACUGGAAAACGAGAUGGCUUACCGGGAUGGUCCACGGUCGCCCGUGCUCAAGAUGGAAGCCGAGAUCUUUGGCAUUCCACGGCGGCCGGUGGAGCCCCGAGAACAGACCUCAGAUGAUAUCAUAGCCCAGGAGACAAAGCGUCGGACGUUUUGGGCAUGCUUCAUUCUUGACCGUUGCCUCAGCAGCGGUAAAUACCGGCCGCGCAUGAUUCGCGUCAAGGAGCUGGGUAUUCAGCUCCCAAGUGACAACGCCUUUGCCUUUGGCGAACGGGUGCGCACGUCCCGUCUCAGUGAGCCGGUUGCCCGUCGCCCGCAAAGCUUUGGAGCCCAGGGCGUCCAGAUUCCGAGCAUUAGGCAGAGUCUGGGCACCCUCGGCGACGACCGAUUGCCCAGCAAUGGCGCUCCGGACCCCAAAUCGUGGUCUCCGGUCUCCCGCCGCAAGGAUUCGAGUGAGGAUGAGAUUGAUCGGUGGGAAGUUGGUGCGGAAGAGUCCGUGCUCGGCCGGGUGAUUCGGAUUAUUCGCAUCUGGGGGAGCAUUGCCAAGUGGUCGUGCGCAGGAGGUCGAAGAAACGAGCAGCUGCCCCCGUGGCACCCGGACUCGCGUUUCUCCAAGCUGCGCGUGAUGCUGCACGAGUUCCAAGACGGUUUGUCACGCAACCUGCAGUACUCCCCACGCAACACCGACACACACAUCAUGUAUAAGACCACCCUCUCCCCGUACACCAUCAUGCAUGUGGUCUAUUUCCUCUCGGUCAUUGUCCUCCAUCGGUCAUAUAUUCCUUUUCUCCCCAUGCGAUGCUCAGAGCCGGUCGGGCCGCUGGACGAGCCCCUCUUUCCCAUUGAAAAGCCUGGCAUGGCCGAGGCAUUUUGGCGUGAGAGUGCUCGGGAGCUCUUCAAAGCCGCCCGGGAGAUGAUCGACCUCGCCGUGACCUGCCAAGACCGGAGUGCUCUGGUUGAGAAUCCUCUCGUGGGGUUUGCCGUCUACAAUGCCGCCUUCAUUGGCGUCUACGCGGCCCAUUUCCCGCAUAUGGAUCCGGAUGCCGCCUUGGCUCCGCGCGAGCGUACCGCCCAGGGCCAGGCCCAAGCCCGGAAGGCGCUCGACAUUUUGCGCGAUAUGCGCACGCGCCUGAAGAUGGCGCGCGGGUGGUUCCGCACGCUCAAUCGCCUGCACAGCUAUUUCUCCAAGGUCAAACGCGACUUCCGGCGACACUCGCGUCGGAUGGACCUGGAUGGCCCGGAUGCGCAUGUGAACGGCAUCCGUCCGGUGCGUGAAGGCGGCCCCGGCGGAGGCUUGGAUGAGUUCAAGCUGCUUGAAAAGCUGUUUCUAGAUUUUGGCAUAAUCGAAGACCAACUGCCGGAUGGCAACGCGGAUGAGGACGGCCUGGCCGCCGCCAGCGAUCGAGCCACGAAUCUCAGCGACGCGGGCAGCAACGCGGUGCGCAGUGAAACUGGAGACACGGGGGAACCUCCACUGGAUGGGGCGGGUGGCCGUCGCGAAUCGUGGGUUCCGAUCAACAGCCCUGGCAUGCCGCUCCCCGGCCCAGAUGGCGAACGCCGGCCCAGUCUGCCGUUGCCCCCGAGUAGGUCCCUGCAGUCUCAGUCGCCGUACUCUUUGCCGGCUUUGCAGCAUCAUCCGGACAGUGGCCUGUACAACGCCUCGUCCCCCAAUCUCCCGUCGCUGGGACCGCCGGGCCCUUACGGAGCCCCACCGACGGGGGCGGCUGCCUCCUCGCAAUACGGCGGACCACCUCCCGCGAACCGUCUGCAGCCUCUGAAUUCGUGGCUGAACAACCGUCAACAGCCUCCGCCACCCUACUCACAGUCUCUGCCUCCGAUCAAUGCAGCGACCUCUCACAGCUUGCCGCUGCUGCCUCCGCCUGGCUCGGUUGGCCACCCGGGCGCGUCACCCCCCGUGACCGUGGAUGGCCUCGACAGUGUGAAUACCAACGGGCUGCUGUCGACCAGCCUGGGCGGGGAUGACGUCUUGGCGUUUUUGGAAGGCUGCGAAUACGACCAGCUGCCGGCGAUGCUGCCAUCCGAGGUGGGCGUGCCGGUUGGUUGGCUCAGCACGGUGUGGACUGAGUUUGCCCGCUAAGCGACACU